AUUAUAAUUUAAUAUAAAAAAUAUAUAUAUAAAAACAAAAUAUUCAAAAAUAAAACAUAAAUAAAUUGCAAGAACUGAAGGCAAAGGCCCCUGGCGCAUAGCAGAAAAACUUGCCAGCUUUGAUUUUGAGAUAUUCUACUUGAUUCGAAGGAUUUUGCAGAACAAUCUUAGCCAACGAUCAUUUUAACAUCAUGACUGAUCCUUCUGUUGGCUCAUCGUCCCCGAAUUGGGCAAGUCUUAUCUCAAAUGAGAUCAUACCCGCCUUUGUAGGCGAGGUUCCGCAAAAUACUGAGCAAGCUCCGGCUGGUACGGGUCCAUCAUCGGAGGCGACACGGGAUCUACCGCUGCUGAUGAACAGCUUGAAUGGCCAAAUGUCACCGUAUGCGCCGGUUUUUCACCCCAUGGGCUCGUACGCGUCGCAUCUGUUGGCUCUAGAGCAAGCAGCUCAAAUAAACCCGCAGACGCUACCACCGCCACCGCCACGUCCAAUGGACCCGCAUCUUGAAGAGUACUACGAGGGGGGCCAAGUGCAGGAGGUCUACGACUACGAGGAUCCUGACGAAAUGCAGGCACACAUGUAUCCAGGUGAUUACGGCGAUCCCGACAUGAAUGGCUGUACCGUGGACCUAACUAUUCGGGUGGCACCGAGUCCUCGCCCUUUUCCACCCCCCAAUCAGCGGGCGCUCGGCAACUGUCCCGAGCCGUCAAAUCGGGAGUGUUGGCCGGACGUUGAUCAGCAGAAUGGGCAGCGGCUAAUCCAUCCUCAAAUGCAUAUGUUAAUGCCGCCCCACAUGCAGGGCCAAUUGCCUCCCCACAUGCAGGACCAAAUGCCACCCCACAUGCAGGAUCAAAUGCCACCCUACAUGCAGGGUCCGAUGCCUCCACAUAUGCAGGGUCCAAUGCCUCCCCAUAUGCAGGGUCCAAUGCCUCCUCACAUGCUGGGACCGAUGCCUCCUCAUAUGCAGGGUCCGAUGCCUCCCCAUAUGCAGGGUGCGAUGCCCCCACAUAUGCGGGGUCAGAUGCCUCCUCAUAUGCUGGGUCCGAUGCCGGCUCAUAUGCAGGGUCAGAUGCCUCCUCAUAUGCAGAGUCAGAUGCCUCCUCAUAUGCGGGGUCAGAUGCCCCCUCAUAUUCAAAGCCAAAUGCCAUUUCAACCGCAUCCCCAGAUGCUAUUCCAAUUACAGCAGUCGCCUCACAAUCUUGAGUACUGGGGUGAAAUGGAAGAGCAGAUCGAUGGAGAGCACGAGCAAAUGCUCGGACCUAAUAUGGAGCAGCAAAUGCCACCGAUGCUGAACCAAUGCCACCUGGAAGAUCAAGCACAAGCGGAGAACCGUGAAUAUUGGCGUGAAAUUGAACAGGACAAUGUAGCAGCUGAGGGGCAACUGUACAGUCAACAUCCAGAGUACCCCAUGUCUGAAGUACCGCUUGAAAUCCAAGGUCAUAUAACACCUGAGCAUCUGCAAUACUGGCGCGAAAUGGAAGAACAGGAAAACGCUCAACAAAUGCAGAACCAUGGGAUGUUGCUCAAUGUUGAUCAAGAGGACAAUGAGAUCGAGGGGCAUGUGGUGUCGGAGCCGCCUCCACCCGAAUAUUGGAUAGAUAACGAUCAGAUUGUCGCAACUGUCGCUCCACACCAGCAGCAGGAGCAGCAGCAUCAUCAACGGCGUCGACAACUACGUCCAGAGGACAUACAGGCAUUGUCUCGCGAGAUCUGGUGCGAUGUGGAGACGAAUAGCAAUGUGAAUGCACCGCUUUCCCAGACAUCGCCGUUGCCGACUUCGUAUGAUUACUGGCUUGACAUUGAGCAGUUGAUCGCCUCAUAUGGACUGCAUUCGCCACAGCCGCAGGAGCAGGGCGCAUCAGCAGCCAAUGUCUGGCAGGAUGUGAAGGAGCCGCAUGUCGCUGGCCAAUGCUACUUGGAGGAGGCGGACCAACAAGUUCCCCAGUUGGACCAAGAGCCGGCACCGGUCUGGUGGCCCGCGGACGGACAGCAUGCUGGAGGUGAGCCUCUGUUGCCGUGUCCAAGCGAUUGGUUGCCCGAAGGAGUUCCGGGGGUGCUUGAGCCACUCGUGCAGGUGGAAAAUGUGGAUGAGCAAGGAAUAGAGCAUCAGCGACAGGCACCUGCGGUAUGUGAAUGGUGGCCCUCUGGGCAUGCUAUGCAGCAGCAGGAACAGCAGCAGCAUGAGCUCAUCGACAGGCGUUUGGAGAACGAACAGAACGCCAUGGCUGAGCAUCAGGGAACGGAGCACGUGCAUUCAGUGCCAACAGACAGAGAAUAUUGGAAUGAUGUAAAUCAGGGGGCUGCUAGCCUUGAGUCUCAAGCGCAAGCUGCCAUGCAGCCACAGAUUACAGAUCCACCUAAUGGCUGGUGGGUAGAGCCCGGGCAGCCUAAGAGAGCACAAGAUGUACCAACCUAUCAUGAUAAUUGCCUCGAGAAGGAACAGCAGGUUUAUGCGGAGUCCGAGCAGCAGCAGGAACUGCAGCAAGAUUUUCAGCAGGAGCCACAGAAGCAGCAGCAACAACCAUGUCUGCAACAGGAAUAUCAGAAGCAGCAGGAGCUAGAGCAAGAACAGCAGCCACAGGAAUUUCAGAAGGAGUUGCAGGAGGAGCAGGAGUGUCAGGAGGAGAAAAAGUUGCCGCCAAAAAAAUCGACAACACCACGCGACUGGUGGCAAGCCGCUGCUUUCACCCCGCAGGAACAUUUGCAGUCACAGGCACAGCCGGUGCAGCCGGUACAGCCACGCAGCAUUGAUUCGCCCGUUGAAUGGAUGCCCUACUCCUAUGGUGCACUGACCGUGUCCCAGACUGUAUCAGAGGAAAAAGAGGAUAUGGCUCCGCCAAGUGCUGGGCCGAAGGCAGCGUGUACUGGAUCGAUAGCUCCGACUAUCGGGAACAACGAUAACAAUACCAACGACAAUUCCCAAGAUGACUUUCCAUCCUUCGAGGACUUCGCCCGCCAGGUGAGCGAAUGCAGUCUAUCCAGCUCGGAAUAUAUUGCUACUUUGCGAAACCUUAUGAUACGCGCCCAUAAUCUGAUGCUGCCCUUGCUGCGCGGCCGCUUCGCCAACAUGACCCAGGUCCAGAUGGCAGCCUAUACCACGGCCAUACUGGAGGUCACGCCGCUGCAUCCAAGUCUGUUCCUUCCAUCGACCGUCGCCCGUCCCUGGAUGGGCAACGGAGGACUCUUGCCACCCAGCCAUCCACAUAGCUUGACGCCUCAGGAUCUGGCACGCGUCAAUCCUCGUCCCUUGCUGGUCGAUGUGGGCACUCAGACAGAGUACCGUUGCUGGUGCAUGCACAUAAGCAUGUUUCCGCCGCCGCCGCUGCCUGCGCCACCACCACAGCCGAGGACGCAAGGCAAUCCCGCCCCACACUUUGUAGCGCCGAACGGACCGCGCAUGAUGGCGCCUUGUGGCACGGCGCCGAUGAGUUUCUGGGGCAGACCCAUGGUGCCUAUGCAUGCGAAUCCCUACCCCCACGCCCAACAGGUGCCGCGUCCGCAUGGCUCGCGCUACGGCUACCGCAUCAAUACCUACGGCGGUGUGCCCUGUCGCUUCAAUAACGGCGGCAACAGCCGCUCGCGCCACAUGAAUCACAUGCACAAUUCGUCCACGCAUCCGAACAGCCAGCAGAGCGAGGACAAUGCCAGCACAGACAGGAGUUCCACUCGCGUCAAGGACCAGCCGUCGGCACAGCGUCACCAGCAGCGUCACCAGCAGCGCCACCAGCAGCGUCACCAGCAGCGCCACCAGCAGCGGCACCAGCAGCGGCACCAAAAGCAGCAGGAAUCGGACGACACCGAGACACCGUCAUCGUAUCGCAGCCCACAAAACACAUCAGUGCUACGUCUUAGCCCCAACAGCCACAACCGCGAGAUGGCAAUACAGCAGCAGGAACAGCAACAGCAACAUGAGCAGCAGCGGCUGUUGUUAGAGCAGGAGCAGACCUCUACCACCACCGGCAGUCAGUCCAGCUCGCCUGUGCUGCGCUCGGAGCAGUACUCGCGCCGCUGCCUGCAUAGUAGCUCCUCCAGCAGUCAGUCCAGCUCGCUGAGUCCCCGAUCCUCCAGUCACAGCUCAUCGGUCAUUAGCAACAACGAUAGCGAGGUGGACGACUUUGACGACAAUGAGGUCGCGGGCGGAAGUGAGGGCGAUAAUGCUGGUAGCAUCGAUGGCGUUGUGGGAGUCCAGAGCAUGAACAAUAGCAACAGCAACAGCAACGAGCAGGCAAUCAAUCAAACAUUGACAAACGCGGAAGCGGAAAGUGACGAACCAAAUGUUGCGAGUUCGCAGAGUGGUGCAACCCCACAGGCUUCGCAGAUCGGCGAGAAUGAGUCCACGGAAGCACAGACACGCACUCGACUGAAGCCUGCAAACAUAUUUCUGCAGCCGACAGGGCCGGUAAUGCCCAGCAUGCCCAUGAUGCACUUUUUCAUGAAUGGACCCCAAGGCGAUAUGCCCCCGCUAAUCUUCGAUAUGAACGACAGCUCAAGCCCGACUCCUAACUAUGCGCAGUUUUUGCCGAACAUCAAUAUGAACCUGAGUAUGUUCAACAAUACCUUGAUCAACCCGAUAAAUGGUAAUCCCAUGAGUAACCCCAUGAGUAACCCCAUGGGUAAUCCCAUGGGUAAUCCCAUGGGUAAUCCUAUGGGUAAUCCCAUGGGUAAUCCCAUGGGUAAUCCCAUGGGUAAUCCUAUGGGUAGUCCCAUGGGUAAUCCCAUGGGUAAUCCCAUGGGUAAUCCCAUGGGUAACCCUAUGGGUAAUCCCAUGGGUAACCCUAUGGGUAAUCCCAUGGGCAACCCCAUGGGUAAUCCCAUGGGCAAUCCCAUGGGUAACCCCAUGGGUAAUCCGGUGGGUAACCCCAUGGGUAACCCCAUGGGUAAUCCCAUGGGUAACCCCAUGGGUAAUCCCAUGGGUAACCCCAUGGGUAAUCCCAUGGGUAACCCCAUGGGUAACCCCAUGGGUAAUCCCAUGGGUAAUCCCAUGGGUAACCCCAUGGGUAACCCCAUGGGUAAUCCCAUGGGUAACCCUAUGAGUAAUUCCAUGGGUAAUCCCAUGGGUAAUCAUCCAAUGGGUCCUCCAAUGGGUCCUCCAAUGGGUCCUCCAAUGGGUCCUCCAAUGGGUCCUCCAAUGGGUCCCUCAAUGGGUCCUCCAAUGUGUCCUCCAAUGGUUCCUCCAAUGGUUCCUCCAAUGUGUCCUCCAAUGGGUCCUCCAAUGGCUCCUCCAAUGGGUCCUCCAAUGGCUCCUCCAAUGGGUCCCCCAAUGGGUCAUCCAAUUGGCAACACAAGGGGCAACCCAAUGGGCGGCCCAAUGGGCAACCCAAUAGGAAACACAAUGGGCAACCCGAUGGUAAAUCAGAUGGCAAUGGGUAACACUAUGAGCAACCGAAUGGGCAACCCGAUGGUAAAUCAGAUGACCAAUGCAAUGGGUAAUCCCAUGGCCAAUCCCAUGAACAAUCCAAUGGCGAUGGGCAAUCCGAUGUCCAACAUGCAUGCCAUGCCGCCCGACAUGAUGGGCAACUACUGUCCAAUGGGGCGUGACGUGGGCAUGAUGAAUCCGGCUAUGAUAUUACCCUAUGGCCCCCAUAAGAAUCCACACGAGCCCUUCCACCCCAUGGAGAUGCAGGAUGCCAUGAAUAUGAGCAUGCAGAUGAACAUGGGCAUGAAUGAGAACUACAAUGGACCCUUAACGGGUAUUCCGUUUGAUGAUUGCAAUCCGAUGCUCCAUCCCAAUGUCUACAUGGCCAACGAUUUGAUGGGCACGCCACCGAACGAUGGCAACAUGAAUGAGUGCCUUAAUGAGACCUACAACUCUGUUGAUCAUCGCAAGGAGACUAACAUCCAUCACGAUGUAGCAGCUGGCGAAUGUGAAUCAAUCAACAAGCUCGCCGCUGGCGGAAAAUCAAAACUAAAUUAGAUUUACAUUUGCUUACACACACACACACAUACACACGAGCAGACACGUCAGCACGGAUUCUACUCGACAUACAUUCAACAUUUAUUAAUUAGCGAUCCAUGGAAAUCGGCAAGGCAAACACGUUUCGAUGCGACCGAUUUUAUUCAUAUUACUUUCCGCAUAUAUAUAUAAAUAUGUAUAUAUAACACAGACACAGAGUAUACAUAUUAUAUAUAUAUAUCAUGGUCAUGUAUAUGGACAUAUAUCUGUCGCGUGUCUAAAUCGAUGUCAAACUAAUCGUUACAACACAUUGAGAUCGAUACUUCACGCGAUAGCACACUAACACCUCUCCAUUUGUAACAGUUAACACUCAUACACUCACACGCUCCGCUUGUAAACACUUUUACAUACUUUUCGACGAAUCACACACUCAUCUGGUACUCACAGACAUCGGUCAUUGGAAUGAAUUGAAUUGAAUAUGAAUGAUCAUAGAAGCAGUCGUAACUAUUGCUUAACACAUUUAUAAUAUUUGUAACCUAUUCACUAAUACACUCCGUGCACACAAACUCACACACACACAUACACACAGCGCAGCAAUUCGCAUACGCGCAUUAGAAGCAAUUAAAGCAUAUGCAGCUUGA